AGAAAUUAAUUGGGAAAAAAUAUGAGUAUCAUAAUAAAAUAUUCAAAAACAUUCAAAUAGUAAUAAAUAGAAGAGAAGAGAAAUUACAAAAAAAAAAUACUUUAAAAACAAAUUAUAUAAAAUAACAUAAAACUCUCUGUGUAGAAUGAAAGCCUAAUCUAAUCACAUCCACGUCCCGACCAAAUCCAAUAACCGUUUCAAUUGUUAAUCAUCAUUUCGACUUUGGUUUCAACCUUUUCAUUAUCAUUUUGUAAGUUUUGGUCUGUGGUUGAAUAGUUUGAUUAAUCUAUCAUCAAUAAACAUAAUUUAAUGGGAAAAAAUAGCUAUAACAAUUCCAAUGAAAGAGACAGAGGUCUCUUCUCUCAUCUUGGUGGUGCAUACUAUUCCCAACAAUUGCACUCUGGAUCUUACCCACUGGCACCAACACCUGCAUAUCCAUCGCCACCGUCUCAUCAAGCCUACCCUCCUCCUCCUGGCUACCCAUCUCUCGGAUACACUCCUCUACCGCCUCAUGCUGCAUACCCACCACCCUAUCCUCCUCCUAGUGGAUACCCUCCUUCUACUUAUCCUCCUCCUGCUCCUGCUCCAUACCCACAUCCUACAGCAGGGCACCACCAUGGUGGACAUGGUAUGGGAAUGGGGCCCAUGGUAGCUGGCGGUCUAACAGCUGCAGCCGCUGCUUACGGGGCUCACCACCUUUCACAUGGGCACAUGGGUUACCAUGGUGGCUACCAUCACGGCAAGUUCAAGCAUGGUAAAUUCGGGAAGCACUGGAAGCAUGGUGGGUUUGGAAAAUUCAAGAGAUGGAAGUGAUUCGUAGAAUACCAUGGCCAAAUUCACUAUUGGUUCUUUCAUGAAGAAAAGAACAAGUGCAAGGACAAAUGCAUGAGAAUAAAUAUAUUACUUUGUUUGUUGUUUGUUUGCGUUCUCUAUUAUUACUACAAUAUAUAUAGGAUAAUGCUUGGAUAAAAUUACGAAAAACGUACAAAUAUUUUGUUUCAUUACGUGUCAUUCUAUUGUUUUACACCAAUAAUUAAUUAAUUCAUUUUAUAUUUUUU